GAGUCCCGUUCAAACGUAUACGUAACGAUUGUCGUACUCGUAGACAAAAUUCAUACUCAGCUCAGGCUUUGACGUAUGACAGUUAUAGUGUUUUUCAAAAAUCAAACUUAAUGUGUAGCAGUAGAAUUGUAGUCCCUGGGGACCUUAUAUCCCCUUUAGACGUCAAUAAGAAAAGUGGGCCGUCGACGUACUGUUGCUCGGGGAAUAUACUGUCAAGUGCAUUUGGAUAUGUCAAGGAGGAAUCACAUACGGACGGAUCAAAAACAUUUUCAGUUGUGCCGUUGAAAACUGCUGGCAUAGUUCCUUACACCGGGUCAAUUGUGUUGGCCAAAGCCGGAGUUCGAACCACGGAACUAGCCGCAAUCCUUUGUGCUACCUUUGAAAAUGUCCAGGGGACUGUAAUCGCCUAUCAGUAUCCACACAACUAUGUAUCCCCGACCCAAUUUAAGGAGAUUGGCAACGCUGUUAUCCCGCGAGCUGAAUUAGCUUUCCGGUUAGUAACAAUAGAGGCUUUUAGACACUAUGUGAUCGGCUGCCUGCAACGCAUCGAAGGUGUCCAGUAUAAGAGAAAUACAUUGCAGUUCAAUAUAUGUCUUGUCAUUAAGCCAAAAGCAACUGCUAAUCGGGAUGAUAUAUCACACUGGCAGUUCUGGGACGAUUAUUCAGCCGGCGGUUUGAGACCUAACGUCCAAGCAGCUUACGAGGCAUUAACACUAAAGAUUAAUAGAUAUUUUUAUGCUUUAGAAGAACAAUGUGGAUUUCUGUCUCGCUCAUUAGGACAUCAUGAAGGUGUAGAAAAGUGCGUAAAAUUACUCCGUCUUAAAUCAAUUUACAAACAAUUACAUGAAUCCGGAAUGUGUAUUCUUUCGUUUCCCAAUAGUGGCUCUUUGUACUUACGGUUUAGUCCUAGACAGGAUCAUGGGUCGUAUAGCAAUUUGUCAUUCGAUAUGUUUGAACUGGUGUCUGAAGAGAUUUUAAAAGAUAAUAAUGUUGAUGAUAAUGAUCGGGGAUUAGAAUUUGGUCAAAAAAUCCGACAGUUCAAUCUUCACCAUAAUAAUCAAGUUGUUUUUCCUAAUUUCAAUCCUCAAAGUGAAUCAGAGAUUACUGAUAAUUGUGUGUUUGUUUUAAUCGCUUCUCCAACUUAUCAUCGUCAGUCUAAAAUGGGUUACAAUUUGAAUGGUGGUUGGAGACCAUUGGAUGCUGUGGCUCAACGUGUUUUACCUUAUAUCAACGGUAGACGACGUUUAAUUGAAUUGGCUCAGUUAGCUCAAUUAGAUGUGGCUAUAGCUCGUUUAUGUUUAAUUGAGCUUGCUCGAAUAGGAUUAGUUCGUGCCUUACCAUAUCCUACAUUUAUAAUGCAGCUUCUUCAAGCUGAUAAGUUUUCCAAUUCAACACUUAUUCCUGGAUGGCUAGGUUUACCACGACUGGCCACUCUACUUACAGACUCCUCUCUUAGCAAAAUGUGCUUGGAAACUGUGAUAGUGUUUAAUUCAAAUCGUCAUAAACUACAAAGUUUAUGCAUUCACGAUAUUUUCCGUCUGUAUACAAUCCUUUGUGGUUCAUCCAAUUUUAGUUUAUCAUAUUUAAUUUCAGCCAAUCCACAUAUUCGAUUUAUUGAGUGUUCAUCUUACAUGAACUCAUCAUCUUCUUCUUCUACAUCAUCAUAUCAUUCCCUUCCGUUUGUAAGAUCAUCAAAACUUUGUAAUUGCCAUGCAUCUUAUCAUCAAACACAGCAUCACUGUAAAAUUAGUUUAUUAAGUCUUGUACAAUUUGGUGAAGUAAAUGGUUUAAUACGACGAAUUCAAUGUUAUCCUAUAAGUGAUAAACUAGAAUUAUCUACUGAACAACAUAUUAAAUAUCGGAUGUCAUCAUCAGUUAUGUCAUCAAAAGAAGCAAUUCCUGCAAUGAUGACAACAACUACGACAACUGUUACCACAACCAGUAGUACGAGUUCCAAUACAAAUAUGCAACAACAAUUCAUGCAAUUUCAAACUAAAAAUUCCUCAUCUGUAUUACGACAUAAUUCACGUAAAUUUACUAAAAAACCACAAAUAAUUAAUGAACAAACGUGGUCUAUUUCAAAAUCCCUACUAAUGGAUGGUCAGCAUAGUUUAGAUUCAAUCAUUACAUUUUUAUUAACGAACAAUGGUAAUACAACAAAGUAUUCUUCAUCUGGAUAUAAAGUACCAGAAUAUAUUAGUGAUUUAUUAAAUUUAUAUCGUUUUGAUGAAGAAUGUCUUACUAGACAAAUAUCUUAUUGUGAUCGUGAUUUAUCUUCGUUUAAUAGAACUAAAACUUCUAGUAGUUUCAGUUUUAGUCCUGAUGAGACUAAUUUUACCAUUCAUAAUAAUAAUAAUAAUAGUCAAACUGUUGAAGAAAUUGUUGUACAUGAUCGAAUAUGGUCUAAGCCAGAAAAUAAUAUGACAACAUUUGUAGAGCCAUUAAAUUUGGAUAAGAUAAACUUUAUAUUACCGGAUCUUUAUUGGAUGUGGCGUUGAAAUAAUUGAUUUUUGUUAACUUAUCACAUAUUAAAUUUCUUACUUUAUUAAUCUAUUCCUCUCUGAUAUUUGUUCAUUGAUUUAUUUCAACAAUGUGAUGUUGUACAGUGUAAAGUUAUAAAAUGAACUAAUAUUAUCUUUGGUUUCAUUUACUCUAUUAAGAUUUUAUUGCUUAAUAAAACUCUCUCAUCCAAUUGUUGUCCGUUGAUUUUUGUACUAACCUCUGUUUUGAUUUACUCAAUGAAAACCUUGGCUCUGAUUCCCUUAAUGGGAAAACCUUCGCUUAAAAACCUUUGAGUUUUACAUUUAAUUUAUUCUCCUUUAUCUUCAGAUUAUCUCGAUCAACUCUUUUGAGAAAUAAUUUUAAAUAUGAAAUCUCAUUAAAUAACUUAAUUGACUAUGUAUUCUAGUAUUAACUAUAAGGCCUAUUGUAGAAUUAUAACGAAAUAUUGAUUGAAAGGAAAUGUCUCUUGGCUCAAUCUAUUCAUAUCGAUAUUUGUUGCAAUUUAUCAUUCUUAAACGAUUUUAACUCUUGAUAUUUUGUACAAGUUAUGAAAAUAUACACUUUUCUCAUGUA